ACGAAUACCUCAUUCUUCUGCAAAUCGUCCUAGGGUUAACAUCCUAUUACAAUCCAAAGUGAAUCUGACAUUGCAGUGAAAGCCAAGUGUUUCAACUGUUGAACAGUUGUGUAUGCCCGGAAAAGUCAAUAUUUACAAACUCAACACAUACAAAUCAGUUUUUUCUCGCGUCAGCCGGAGUACAGUGGAAACGGACCGCGAUUUACGUGCAUCCGAUCGAUACUGCACGAGGAUUGGCCACAGUGCGCGCCGUCAGUUAACAACAACGUUGCACCGCGAGGUCUCGAGCAGCGAAGAUGGCGUUUAUGAUGCCGGUGGUGAAGAACGACUGGGAUAUUUACAACUCGGGCAAGUCGCGUCGCGUGUCGGAGGCGGAGCGGCCGGGCGGGCGCGUGCGGAAGGUCUCCGAGUCCCGCUCCGAGGGCCCCGCCACGGCGCCGCGCGCCGCGCUCAGCCCGCACCGCAGCGCGCCCGCCAUGCGCUCGCUCUCCUACUCGCGCCCGCCGCCCUCGCGCAGCUCGCUCCGGGUGCCCCUCGACAACCACAGCCCCAAGACCCCCGGCAGCCCGCCCGCGCGCCCGCCGCACGACAAGUUCCACAACAGGUUGGUCGACAAGUUGAAGAAGGCGUUGGGCCGGGCCGACCCUCGCUCCGCCGAGCGCACGUCAUGAGCUAACCGCCGGUGCUGUGUGUUCAGGACCCGCGGGGACUCCCCGGAGCCGCGCUGCUCGUGCGUGCCCUACCUGUGACGUCACCGCCGCCGCCGCCGCCGCCGGCCGCCAACAACGCUGAACGUAACUAUAUGUUACAUCUCCACAAUGCAAUAGUAUGUAGAUCACAUUUGUUUGCUUUUUCUAACUGUUGCAUGUGAAGCACUAUGUUUAAUCAGAAUGUGUCAGUAUUAGGUUGUAUUAGGGCUGUUUGUUGUAUGAUAAGACUGCGCUUAGCCUAGGGUUAGGAGGGGGUCACGGCCGCGGCCGCGGCUCCUGCAUAUGCUGGCAGUUUACGAUUGUAUCUGUGAUUCGAUAUUUGUAAGUCGCGUUGUAUUAUUUAUUUUAUAAAAUAGUAUAAUCGGUUAUGUUAAAAAUGUGAAACGCCUGACCAUCCAAGGGUUUCUGUAAUCUAAAUUGGGGACGAGUGGCUGGCUACAAAUUUGGUAACCGUACAAUGUUGAAACAAGUACCUUUUAUUAUAAUUAAACUAAAUUUUAAUACCAAACUGUCGAUAUUAGAGGACGGUGCGAGGCAGUGAUAAUUUAAGUGUAUUGAUAUUAUGACAAGGUUCCAUUUGAUAGAUAUUAUGUAUGUUGAUGUUUUGUUAUUGAUUUUACGCUUUGGAUAAAGUAAAUGUUGACUUGUAGCAAAUAAAUGACUGUGUAUGGACCAGCUUUAUAAAAAAAUAUUUGUAGUUUUUCAGUGAAACUGAGUCAAAGAAGUGUUGGCGUCUAGUGAUAUAUUUAUAUCGUAUAGCUUUCAGUUUAUGAAUGAGUAUUAUUAUGUUUUCAUAAGUAAUUGGUGCAAAAAUGUGAGUCUAAAAUACUAAAUGUGAAGUUAUGAACGAAUGUAGAUGUUAGAUAUCAAAGAAUGUAAUUCCUAGGACAUUUAAGUAGGUGUCGUAAAUGUUAUUACUUAUAAUGUAUUUCAAAGUUCCUUAUUUUCGCUAGAUAGAAGUUUUUUUUGUACUUUAGUAAGUACUUACAAUCAAGAAAAUCACAAACUGCCAUACUAGGUACUGUUAUGUUAUGGAUUAUUAGGAGUUCAAUUAGUUCAAACAUUUGUCAAAAUUAUUGUUACUAAAUUCACAUCAGUGCUUGAAAAUUUAAAGACUGCAAAAGAUAAACCUGUACCUAGAUUUUUUUUAUGGUUAAGAGCUAAACUAAAAAUGACAUUGUAAAUAACGAUCUGCCAUCAUGAGUUACUUGUAAUAACUAUCAUGUACAUUAAUUAUCUGUAUGGAUUUAUACCAACCUAAUGAAAUAAUAAAACUUGAUACAUAAUCUAAA